AUGAGCACCACGAUGCACCAGCGCCCACGCCCGGCCGCCAACGCCCACACGGCACCGUCCCGACCCUGGUCACCGCGGCGUCGGUUCAUCAACCUCCUCGUCCUCACCGUCGUCGCAGGGACGACGUGGAGCGUCUACACCACCUCGGCCGCUGCCACCGCCUUCCGCUCGCGCCUACCGGCCCACACGCUCACCCGCCUGAGCGAGAGCGCGACCAAGUUCCCCAUCUCGCUCCCCUUCUUCGCCGACAAGCGCAACGUCCUCAACCAGUGGUACGUCAAGCGGUCGUGGGGCUGGGUCACGGCGCUCUUUGUCGCCUUCAACCUCGCCGUCCUCCUGUUCCCGACCAAGCCUGCCGCCCAGUCGACGUCGCCCUCGACCCCGACCAUCGCCAACGGGCGCAACGUCCCUUCCACCCGCACGGCCGUCCCCUCGGCCCACCUCCUCGCGUCGCUGCGGCGGUACCUCCUCGCGUCACUCGCGUGGUUCUACCUCACGCAGGCGACGUGGUUCGGCACCACGCUCGGGCCAAGCAUCGCGUUCCGCAUCCUGCGCUCGUCGGGCGCCGUGUGCGUCCCGAGCGCGAUCGGGAGCGACCCGUUGAGCUCGCGCGCGGCGGGCGCGGGCCUGCACGCCGACGGGCUCGGCGAUCCCGAGGGCCCGCCCAUGGUGUGCACGGGCGCGAGGGGCGAGUACUGGCGCGGCGGGCACGACGUGAGCGGGCACGCCUUCAUGAUGGUGCACUGCUCGCUCUUCCUCGUCGAGCUCGUGUACCCGCUCCUGCCGGCCCUCUUCCCGCGCCUGUUCUCUGGCGGCGCGCGCGCCAAGGUCCAGCACGUCCACCCGGCGGUCAAGGCGGUCGGCUACGCGGCGUGCGGCGUCAUCGUCCUCUCGGUCGUCAUGCUCGCGGCGACGAGCCUCUUCUUCCACUCGCCGCUCGAGAAGGCGACGGGCACGGCGUUCGGCAUCCUCGGGUGGUACCUCAGCGGGCUCUAG